AUGAGUACCUCGCCUCCCACCCCGCCAUCAAGGGCCUUACUAGAUGGCGAACAGAGAUUCAAAACUAUUACAUCACCCUGUGAGUGGGUGGAGGAUUACCGCCCAGGUGGCUAUCAUCCAGUUGUUCUCGGCGAUACCUUCAAUCAUGGCCAGUACAAGGUCAUCCGGAAGCUCGGCGAAGGCUCCUACUCAACAGUUUGGCUCGCCCGUGACCUGAAAGGCAGGAGAUAUGUCGCCCUAAAGAUCCUUGUGUCGGAAAUCUCGGGCUCGACAACCGAGCUACGAGUCCUACGCCACAUCACCCAAGUCGCCCCAGUAGAAGGGACCCCGCAUAUCACGCGAGUGCUAGGCGAGUUCGAGCAUCGCGGCCCCAAUGGCGUCCACAAGUGCUUGGUAUUUGAGCCCAUGGGGCCGAGUGUGAAUACCAUGGUCGAGGAGCUGCCGCAGUUCAACCCUCGCAGGCGAGCCAUGAAGGUCCGCUAUCCGCUUUGGAUGGCAAAGAGCAUCCUCAAGCAAUCCCUGCAGGCUCUUGCAUUUCUACACGAAAACGGUAUCGCCCAUGGAGAUUUCCAGCCGGGGAACAUACUCUUCACUCUUAAGGAUAUCGACUUGACACCCGAGCACGUGGUCCGGCAGGAGGAAGAUAUGCAAGCCCGGUUGAUCUCGUCUCCGGUGCAGAGGUUAGAUGGUAAAGAAGAUAAAUGGGCUCUUCGAUAUCUCUGUGUUGCGCAGCCGCUGGUGCCCUUUACGUGCUACGCCGAAGGGUUCAAGGUCAAAUUAUCGGAUAUGGGCGGUGCAUAUUUCUUUACCGACCCGCCAACAAAGCCCGUUACUCCACUUGGUCUUCGACCCCCCGAGUUGGUUCUUACCGGAGCCGUCGACAGUACCGCUGAUGUCUGGAGCUUUGGCUGCCUUGUCUUUGAGCUGAUUACCGGACAGCCACUCUUCUGUAUACCGUGGUCCGAGUUUGAAGAUGACGAUCAUCUUCUCUCCCUCACCACCCGGCUCGGCGCCCUCCCCGACAAGCUCUUCAAGUACUGGAAGACCUCGUCGCUCUACUUUACGCCCGAGAGAAAGCUCUUUAAUUGCCAGCUUGGGGGAGUCGCUCCGGGGGAGGAACCGCUGAUGGUGGAGCAGACGUCUAUGGAAGAGUUAUUUGAUUCGGCAGGCCCGGAUCUUAAUGAGGAGGAAGCCCAUAAAGUGAAGGCGCUUAUUAGGUGGAUUCUGCAAUAUGAUCCCGCGAAGAGACCUUCGCCUGCGGAAAUCUUAUGUGAUCCAUGGUUCUGCGAGAUUGACGUUGAGAGCAGGAUGCUCUAG